AUGGCUGAAAACUGUUAUCCACAAUCUGCCCAUAAACCACAGCAUUAACCAGGAUAGAGGCGUUUAUAUAAAGCCGGAUCAAUGAGAAAUCCAGAAUUUGGCUGUGUUAAAGGAGUGUUUGUUUGUGGCCCUUAUGUAAACAGUCAUCAGACAGCAAAAGAUGGAGGGAGGAGGAGAGGAGAGGGAGCCUCCUUGAUUGCCCCUGGCUCCGCAGCGCUGACGAAAGCUGCUUAGCCCCUCAGUUUCCAUGGUGACCCACAGAGAGCAGCCAGACAAAAAAACGAGGCAAAGGGGAGUGGCUUAGAGGGAGAAAUAGAGGAGAAAGAGCUGGAUGGCAAGAUAGACAGAAGGAGGGACACACACAGACUGUAACGCUGUGUGCUGCUGAUGUAACAUAGGGCUACACGCGGAUAAUAAAAUUACAUUGCUCCCUAAGGAUUUCAUUGCUCUCUAAUUUAUAUUUACCACUGACUUGAGGACAAAGAACUGAAGAUGGAUGUGCAAACGGAGAACACGGAACCACCACCAUCUGAGUCGCAGCCCAGUGGAAAAAUCAGAAAGGGAUUCAAGCUGUUUGGGAAGCGCAAGCCCGGUAACAUCUUUUCUAUUCGAAGCAAAAGCGAAGGAAAUAAUAAGUCCCCACUGCACAGGAGUAAAACCCUGGACGUUCCAGACUCUGCAGCUAACGACUCAGAGGACCAGGAGAAAGAUAAGACUGACGGAGAUGAGGAGCAGACAGAGGAGGGUCCACUGGGUGAAGAUGGCGUUCUGGCUGCCGCUCCUGCCCGCACCUCCAUCUCCUCUGCCAGCUCGGCCAAGUCCCUGGGCUUCCUUUCCAUCCUCAGAGGGGGUCGGAGGGGAGUGGGGGACCGCAGAGUACAAACCGUAUCCCAGCCCGUAGGACGCCAGCGCCGGGGGAUUAAGGGUCUAUUUGGAAAUGUUAAGUUUCGCUCAAAGGAUAAGGAGGAGAAAGAGGAGGUCCCGCCGAGCCCACUCUUAAUGUCAUCCAGAAGUAACAGUGUGGAGAUCAUCAAAGAGGACUUGACGUUGACCCCCAAAUCUCACCCUCGCUCGCUGGACAGCCCCGGGACAGAGAGCUCGGAGCCCACCAACAAGAGCCUAACAGCCCAGGACAGCUCGACCACGUCCCCAACUAGGACUCCAGGCGGUGAACCAAAUGAGUCACAUUGUACUAUGCAGGCCGCCAUGGUUCCCGGUGAGACCAGCCUGAGCACGCUAUUGGCUGACAUCUCCUCACUCCUGACCUUUGACUCCAUCUCGGGAGGGGGGGACAUCAUGGCGGACGUGGAAGCAGAGUGGGGUAAAGCUUCUAUAUCCUCAGAUGUUUCGCCUUCAUAUACUACAUCAUUUUCAAAACCUGUCUCUUCACCGUUAUCUUCAGUCUCACCUAAACCUGUUAACUCAUUUCACACCACGCUGCCUUCUUCAACUACACCAUCUUCUCCGAUGAAACCCAGCAGCAUCAUCACCACGUUAACCAAAUCUACAACUUUGACAACACCAACCAUCAAACCAACAAAUGAGACGACAACAGACGUCACAUCAGCUGCCAUAAAACCAUCAACAAGCCCAUUAACGAACAUUUCCGCACCAAUUAUGUCUUCCCCGACAAUUACAAUGAAAACUACUUUGAGCAUAACCAUGACUACAACAGCUCCUCCUAAUGCUCAAGCCACUGCAACUAAAGUGCCAUCAGCUAGCUCAAUUUUAACCUCAACAGUGAACAAGCUAGCAUCUGAGACCACCGAAACUCCCAAAACGGUAUCAUCGGUGAGCUUUGUUACCACACCACCUCCAGCAAUGGUUAACCCACCUAAAACUACACCAUUCACCCUGACCUCAACUUCCAAACCGGAUUUGUCAAGCAGUUUACCAGCCACCUCUUUCAACAAAGUCCCAGUGACAGUAUCGUUGUCAUAUCCUCUUACAGCCAAGCCCACGCCUCCCGCACCACUUAUCUCUUCAAAGAUUCCAACAACAGAAGUUAUGGCUGCGAGCAAAUCAGUGUCUACAACAAGUGUAACUCCACCUGACCAAUUUUCUACAGCGGACCUGAACAAAACAUCUCAAUCAUUUGUCAGUGAGAGUUCAAGUUCAACAGCAACAACUUUUACUAAGACCCAAGUAAGUUCUGUAUCAGUACUAUCAACAGUAUCAAAAAGUCAAGCUCCGCCCACUUCUGCACCCCCUGUUUAUUUAAAUGAGACAAUUCCAACUAAACUAACUGCUACUUCGUCUAUGUCUGCAAACUCUAUACCUACGCCUGCUUUAGCCCAAAUCUCUCCAAUGUCCUCUACCUCCUCACUUUCUGUAUCUAAAGAAGGCCCUCUAUCUAUCUCGCAACCUAAAAUUUCUCCCGCACCUUCUGAAACGCCUUCAUUCCUUUCAAAGAUGCCCACGCUGACAUCACAAAUCUCUGCAUCGUCCCCUCAGAUCCCUCUCUCUACUACUACCCUGUCUACUCACCCUGCACUUUCUCAAACUUCCUCUUGCCCCAUUUCCUCUGCCCCACUGUCCCGGGAUGGCUUGAGUAGGAAAAGAGAAAGUGAUCCAUGUUUGUUAGAUGGGAAUUUGACGUUAAGUUCCAAAACUCCAGAACCCCGUGACACCCUGCAAGAAAAUUCACAUCAGAUUAAAGAAGAUAAAAAGAAGACAUCGCAAGGACACGGCACAGGGCUGAGCAAAAUACCUGUAGUUGGUGGGGGCAGAGUUGGUAAGAUCCCUGUACGCAUUAGCCACAAUACAGAGGAGGAGGCAAAUAAGGACAUGACUACAUCUGCUGCCCCGGAGGAAUCAGCCCCUCAUAUAAACUCACAUGAUAGUGCAAGCAAAGAUAAAAUCUCUAUCUCUGAGGUUGCCGUGGUCACCUCUAAGCAAAGCCAAGAAGAGAGCCAGACGCAAUCAAAGGCUCCCACCUGUUCCCCGCGUGACUCCAAAAUCCCUGUAAAACAUGGUUCUCAAAUCCCACAAGCGAACAGAACCAAGAUCCCAGUGUCUAAGGUUCCAGUGAGGAGGGCAGCGGGGGCCAAACCAGCAGCUCAAAGUGGUACCACGCAAAUACGGAAAUAGAACAACAGAUCAGAUCAGUGACUUUGAAUGCAUCUUUAAAGUCUUCUUAAGCUAUUUUUGGCUCAUUUCUCAACUUCUCAACAAUACAGGAACAGUAAAUAUAGACUCAAGCACAAAUCAUCUCUCUUGGCAGCCUAAGGAAGUCUAAAUUUGGACAUGUCUCAGGAAAGAUCAGGAUUGGUAACUUCAGUGAACAACAUGGUCCUGGUACAGUGUUGCUUAUACACAUACGCUUUUUAAAGAGGUGCUUUUCCGACAGACAAAUGUUUUUUACUCUGUUAACUUCCAUUUUUGUAGGAACAGUUUUUGUCUUUCUUUCCAACGAGUCUCUUUGAUAAACUGUUCUUUUACUGUCUCCUAAUGAAUAACUGCAGCCAAAAUCCAAACAUUCCAAUCUAUCUGGAUGUACAGUAUGUAGCAGAAAACUUACAAUUAUUAUUAUUAUUUGCACAUUUUUGAAUUGUACAGCGCCUGUGUGUUUGUCUGCUGGUACUUGCAGUAAAUUAUGUGAUCAAAUCUCAAUGUGAACUGCGCGAAAGACUUACCUCCUCCCAGUUAGAAGUGGACAGUGGCUGAUAUAAAUGGCUAAAUGGACAAUGGAUUUAAUACGGGAGAAGCUACUGAAUCAACUCGUGCUUAUCUUAACCACACUUAUUCUCGGACAAGAGCAGUAUCUGUGUAUUGUCUCCGCUAUGUUGUUAUGUUUACUAUUUAAACAAUAAAUAUUACAAGUCCUUAAUAACACGAUAUCUUAUUUAAAUUCAGCCACUGAAAAUACUGACUUUUACAAUUACACAUUUAACUUAAUAAACUAUGUAUAGACCAGGGCAAACCUAGAUCAAAAACAGAGAUUUAUUAACAAGCAUGAUUUAAGUAUGAAACUAAAUACUGAGUCAUAAUCAGGACUAAUUAUCAAC